CGUGACGGUCCCGGCCCCGCCGCCGCCAUGGCCGCCCGCCUGCUGCCCGCUGUCAAGUUUCUGGUCAAAGGAGGCCUGGCUGGAGCUGCUGUGUACGUGGCAUAUGACCAGGGGCUGCUGGGCAGUGGCAUAGAAGGUGCUGAAGCACUCAAAAAAGCUCAAGAAACGCUGCCUCCAGCUAUCCAAGAGUGGACAGAUUACCUGGGCUGGGAGCUCCCAUCCACUCCAAAAAUUGACUUUUCCUUCUCUGCUUCCUGGAAUAAAGGAGUGCACACAGUCAUGUCUGCCUUGUCUGUAGCUCCCACCAGGGCCUGUGAGUACACAGUGGAAGGCUGGAAAUAUGUGAAGGAUCUUGUGAAAUGAACACGUUCUCCAGGGUUCAGGAUUCUCUCAGACCCCUCUGGAGGGCAGCCCAGCCAUGUAAGGGCUACAAUAAAGGACUUUGGCAGAAUUCCCUUUUGUAUUUGGGUUGGUUUUGGCCUGCAGAGUGGAAUAAUUGCUUUGUCUUAGCACUGAUCCAAGGCUCCAGGAGUCACAGAUAGUUGUGAUGAAGUGAUGGCCAUGUGCUGAGAACAGCUUCUGUUCUAAAGCUUGGAAAAUAAAAUAAUUAUUCUGAAACUGAA